ACUCCACGCGUCGGGGAAGAAAUAUUGCCAUUUGCUGUAGUGGUUUUCUUUCUUAGUCUUGUAACGUAAGCUAACUGUUUGCUUUCACAAGUACUUUUUGAAGCAUCGAUUUGGAGCUUCUCAUGUCCCUAUAAGUAACUCAGUGACGCAGCUUACCUAAACUUGAUGAUUGAAACUCGGUCCAAAUUGACAACUUGAUAGUUGGAACCUCCGCACCGAGCAAGAUGAGCUUCGGAGGCAGUACAUCACAGGAUUCUCUCCCGAAGUUUAAGUCCUUUGUAUCUGAAGCUGAAAUCGAAGAAAAGAAGAAGAAAAGACAGGAAGAAUGGGAGAAGGUCAGAAACGCUGAAGAUCCUGUCGAGGCGCCAGAGGAAGAUUAUGAUCCAAGAUCAUUGUAUGAUAGACUUCAAGAGCAAAAGAUGAAGAAGCAGGCAGAGUUUGAAGAGGCGCACAAACUAAAGAAUAUGAUAAGAGGUCUGGAUGAUGAUGAAGUAACAUUUCUUGAGUUUGUGGAUAUGCGAAAACAAGAGAUUGAGUCUCAGCGACUCAAAGAAGACAUGCAAGAAAUUGAAGAAUAUAGAAAAGCUGUUGCAACAGUUUCUGAAGAAGCUAUAGAUGCGAAACGGCAAGAAUUCAAGAAAGUUAUUCCUGGAAGCCAAACUACUGUUACUGCAAAAAGAAGCCAGUUGGCCCUGCUGUCUGGUGCAGUCAAGAGAAAAAGUGUGAAUUCUACCAACAGUGCUAUUACAAAAAAGCAGAAAAAUGGCACAGCAUCACUGGACCCAAUGCCAGAGGAUGCAGACAAGAAGGACACCGACGCUAGACACUCCAUAUCCGAGUCUGACAUUAACGGAGGUGGAGACAGUGGGGCACAGGACAGGAGAGUUCACAGUGCCACAGCAACUGUGUUGCAUGCUCCAACUGCAUUGCAGUGUGCAGGUAUCCUCCCAGGUCUUGGAGUCUAUACAGAUAGCAGCGACUCUGAAAACUCAUCUAGUACAGAUGACGGGGAGCCAAAAUUUGACCUCGUUGGAAGACGGCGAACGCAAGCCCAACAGUUGCCGGAACCAAAGGCUCCAUGAACACGCAACACUGUAGUGGCUCGUGCAUUCAUGUACAUAAAUAAAGGGAAACUACAACGCUG